AUUUUGUGUUUACCACAGUGUUACUAGGCUCACUUUGUAGUUCAGUCUGUCAGCUUUCACUUUCAUAAUUGUGUUUUGCUAAAAUAUUUAUCUGUUUGAUUUCACAGUCAAGUUUUAUGCGCCUCACCCCAUGUUUUCGUAUUUCUGAGUGUAUUCAGAUUCCCCGCAUUAACUAACCUGACUAAUCCCUCAGUAUGGCCACUAUUUGGAAAUUCAAUCUUCAAUUUGAUACUCAAUCACACAAGUUUUAUUUGUACCCACUUCCUGUAAUACUAUAGCGGUCGGUGAAAACAUUAGUGGUUAAGAUUACCGGGGAAAGUUGCAGGCACUGAGAUUUCGGGAGUUAAAUGUUCGUUUUGGGCUGGGGUGAAAAACUGGGUUUCCCGUUGAAAUGCAAGAAGCUUGUUGUUCUUGUGUUACUCAUUCAUGCAAAUUGGCGAAGGUAUAAUUGAAACAAGGUUGGCUGUGUUUGAGUCAGGACUGCAGCUGAGCUCAGCUUAAAGGUCGCUGGAAAUCAAGUGCUUUGUCAGUGAAGGCGUUCUGACUCCCAGUGAUUCUAGACACUUGGGGAAUGUCAAUCUCAGGCAUCGGCCGUCCGUUUCUGUGAAGUCUGGAGUCUCGCGCCGUCCUGAGGUUAAAGACGCCCCUGACCAGCUUUUUCUUGCCACCACCGCUGGUUUUUUCUCUGGCUGCAGCACAGCCGCUGCUAGCCUGUCUACAGACAGAGCUCUUCAUUUUGACUCUCAGCCCUGAACAUGCUUGGAAAUGAGAACAAAUGGCACAGAGUUUACGAUUGCACUUCGCAGCCAGAAGAAGCAAGACUUACCCUCUGUCGGAACCCUCUGGAGAUGACUUGGAUAACCACAUUCACACACACGGCCAGAGGCCACCCCGGAUCUCAGUGGCCAGCGUGGUUCAAAUGAGGCUGACCCCCAGACAGACGCCACUGGCUCAGUGGGUAGAUCAUAGAUCCGCCGAAAGUACUGACAGAAAGAGCAGCUGCCUGCAGAUCUCACUGCGGCCCAGGUAUGGUGGGUGUCUUCCCUCCGGCACUGUUGUGGUAGAUAGGGACGAUAUUUCCUUUACCUGUGCUUUAAAGGAUAGUGUUUGCAGCAGCACUGGAGUCGACAGUGAGGUGUCCAGUGCCAGCGAUGGCAGCCUCUUAGGUAUUUCUGCCAUGUACAGUGGCAGCCUCAGUAACUUCUCAGCCAGUGACAAUGGGUCUUACAGCAGCAAUGGUAGUGACUGUGGGUCUUGUGCAAGCCUCACAAGUGGAGGCUCUUACACAGGCAGUGUUGUCAGCGACAGUAGUGGUUAUGAGACCUUUUUCAGUGGAAAUUUACCUUCUGACAACGCCUCCAACAGAAGCGUGCCAGUCAACACUGCUCCCCGUGAAGUUCUGUGCAGAAGUCCCAGUAGGCUUCCCUUUGCCCAGGAAGACCUGGAACAUGGAGUAGAGAUUAUGAAAGUGCCGGUGAGCGGGAAUGCAAAGGUUCCACUGAAGCGCUGCACAUCUUUGGUCAUUUUCCCAAGGAGUCCUUCAAACACUCCACCAGCAUCCCCGACAAGCAGGGGUGCCUACCAGACCUCACACCAGUUGGUUGUGUCUCCUACCGAAACUGCACCUCAUGAAGACGGAACUGGCACCAGGGGCUUCCUGUCGACGGCUGUCAGCGGGCUUCGAUUAUCUAAAGCGACUUGUACUCCUGGGGAAGUCAGAGAUGUACGGCCGCUCCAUGCCAAGGGCUCCCUGCAAAAGAAAAUUGUCAUUUCAGAUAAUAGGCCCAAACAAACUGUGUGUGAGAAGUUGCCGGAAGGAUUUUCCUGUGUUUCGGUGCACUUGACCCAACAAAAUCAAACAGCGUCAGAUUAUGCAAACCCACAUGUUGGCCGCACAUCAGAGAGGUUAGAACUUCAGCUCCAGUCUGAUUUGGACCAUGGCAUGCUCACACAGAGGGCAUCUCCUUGCUUACCAACUACAGCAGACACGGAUUCCCAUGUAAACAUCCGUGGAGAGUUGGAAAGACCAAAUUCACAGAGAAGCAGAGGCCGUGCUGCUUUGCAAAGAAGUGUCUCGCUGGGUGGGACAUAUCCGAAUGUUUCCUGUUUAUCCAGCCUGAAGCACAGUUGUUCAAAGGGGGGACCAUCUCAGUUGCUCAUAAAGUUUGCAUCUGGGAAUGACGGUAAAGUUGAUAGUUUCUGGAGAGAGAGAGACUUGACAAAUGAACUGUCCGGUGUCUGUAAGACAAGAGAUGAUUUCCUGGGUCAAGUGGAUGUCCCUCUCUAUCCUUUACCGACUGAAAACCCAAGAAUUGAGAGACCAUAUACAUUUAAGGAUUUUGUUCUUCAUCCAAGAAGCCACAAAUCAAGAGUUAAAGGUUAUCUGAGAUUAAAAAUGACUUACUUACCUAGAAACGGCUCAGAUGAUGAAAAUGCAGACCAGGCUGAGGAGUUAGAGCCUGGCUGGGUUGUUUUGGACCAACCAGAUGCUGCCACCCAUUUGCAGCAUCCACCAGAACCUUCUCCCCUACCUCCAGGGUGGGAGGAGAGGCAGGAUGUCCUUGGAAGGACCUACUACGUAAACCAUGAGUCUAGAACAACACAAUGGAAAAGACCAAGCCCUGAGGAUGACCUCACAGAUGAUGAGAAUGGUGACAUUCAGCUGCAGGCACAGCGAGCAUUUACCACCAGGCGGCAGAUAUCGGAGGAUGUGGAUGGCCCUGACAACCACGAGUCCCCUGAGAAUUGGGAGAUUGUACGAGAAGAUGAGAACACCAUGUACAGUGGUCAGGCUGUUCAGUCGCCUCCGUCAGGUCACGCAGACGUGCAGGUCCGCCUCGCAGAGGAGUUAGAUACCAGACUCACCAUGUAUGGAAACCCGGCCACCAGCCAGCCAGUCACCAGCUCAAACCAUUCCAGCAGAGGAGGCAGCUCGCAAACCUGUAUCUUUGAGGAACAGCCUACACUUCCUGUGCUUUUGCCUACUUCAUCUGGAUUGCCACCAGGUUGGGAAGAAAAACAAGAUGACAGAGGAAGAUCGUACUAUGUAGACCACAACUCUAAGACGACCACAUGGUCCAAGCCCACCAUGCAGGAUGAUCCAAGAUCGAAAAUUCCUGCUCAUCUGAGAGGAAAGACACCAGUCGACUCCAAUGACCUGGGACCUUUACCUCCAGGCUGGGAAGAAAGAACCCACACAGAUGGAAGGGUCUUCUUCAUAAAUCACAAUAUAAAGAAGACACAGUGGGAAGAUCCUCGGAUGCAGAAUGUGGGCAUAACUGGACCAGCAGUGCCCUACUCCAGAGAUUACAAAAGAAAGUAUGAGUUUUUCCGAAGGAAGCUGAAGAAGCAGACUGACAUUCCAAACAAAUUUGAAAUGAAACUUCGCCGUGCAAACAUUCUGGAGGAUUCUUACCGGAGAAUCAUGGGUGUGAAGAGAGCUGACUUCCUCAAGGCCCGACUCUGGAUUGAGUUUGAUGGUGAAAAGGGCCUUGACUAUGGAGGAGUUGCCCGAGAAUGGUUCUUCCUCAUCUCAAAGGAGAUGUUUAAUCCCUAUUAUGGCCUGUUUGAAUAUUCCGCUACGGACAAUUACACUCUGCAGAUAAAUCCAAACUCGGGCUUGUGUAAUGAAGAUCACCUCUCAUACUUCAAGUUCAUUGGCCGUGUGGCCGGGAUGGCGGUUUAUCAUGGCAAGCUGUUGGAUGGGUUUUUCAUCCGCCCCUUUUACAAGAUGAUGCUUCAGAAACUGAUAACACUGCACGACAUGGAGUCCGUGGAUAGUGAAUAUUACAGUUCUCUGCGAUGGAUUCUUGAAAAUGACCCAACGGAGCUGGACCUGAGAUUUAUCAUAGAUGAAGAGCUUUUUGGACAGACACAUCAACACGAGCUGAAAACUGGUGGAUCGGAGGUUGUGGUCACCAACAAGAACAAAAAGGAGUAUAUCUACCUUGUAAUCCAGUGGCGAUUUGUGAACAGAAUCCAGAAGCAAAUGGCUGCUUUUAAAGAGGGAUUUUUUGAACUGAUACCACAGGAUCUGAUCAAGAUAUUCGAUGAAAAUGAACUAGAGCUUCUCAUGUGUGGUCUGGGAGAUGUGGACGUGAACGACUGGAGGGAACAUACAAAAUACAAAAAUGGAUACAGCUUAAACCACCAGGUCAUCCACUGGUUCUGGAAGGCUGUUUUGAUGAUGGAUUCAGAAAAAAGAAUUCGCUUACUUCAGUUUGUUACUGGCACAUCCCGUGUGCCUAUGAAUGGAUUUGCUGAACUCUAUGGCUCAAAUGGACCACAGUCCUUCACAGUGGAACAGUGGGGCACCCCUGAUAAGCUGCCCAGAGCACAUACCUGCUUCAACCGCCUGGACCUGCCACCCUAUGAAUCCUUUGACGAACUCUGGGAUAAACUUCAGAUGGCGAUUGAGAACACGCAGGGCUUUGAUGGGGUUGAUUAGAUUACAAAAAACCAAGCUGUGGUGUCUUGUACACCAUAGUUCCUAAGCAAAAGCAAAAACAAAAUCACAUUUUAGCAUUUUCCAGAUAACUUCUAAAAGAUGGUCACUGGCUCUUAACAGAGUCCAGGGGACAGUUUGUUUAUCCAUGAUUUCAGCCACCACCAUGCUGACUUGUUCCUUUGUCCAAGUACUUUGUCCAGUUGUUGGGGUUCAUGUGUACGGCAGGAUGUGAGUCCUGCGUGCCUGAGUUCUGACCGUAUUUCAUCUUGCUAGGCAUAGGCACAUCCUUCUAAAACUACUGAGAUUCCAACUGUGAAAUAUCUGUAAUGAGUAGCUGGUGGGAAAAAUUGACGCUUUUUAAAGAUGAAAUUUGGACAAAGAAGUCUUUAAUGAUUGAUUCAUAAACCGCGACACACUUAGUACCACGUGUCGCUUACUUACUCUGUAGACCUGCCUAGUGUACCUUAUCGCCUAGACCCCUUGAAGCCGCUUUGGAAGAUGUAUCACAUGUGUUUUUAGUCACUUAAGUAAGUCACUUGUGUUUAAAAAAAAAAAAAAAAAAAGUUACUCUUCACUUGGAAGUAUUUCACGUGUGUUAGCAUGCAGCUUGAGCCUAAGCGAGUCUGGAGACAAGUGGAGCAAGCUUUUGUUCGCAGUGUGUAGUGAGUACUAGGCCUCCUUUUUGCCUGUGCACCCUCAAGGCUAGAGUCCUGUGUUAGCGUUAGAAUUCCUUCAAACACGAAACAAGCUCCACAACGCAGUGUUUCUAAGCAUGCCGUGAAGAACCGAGUUACAUGUAUGACUUGCCCUUACCAGCCACUCUUCACGCUUGCAGUCACGUAGUACAUACGUGUUUACGGAGUUCAUUAUGUUUACAGAUUAAGCGAAUUUCUGUAGUUGCAUUUUUAUAUUUUUAGUAUCACAUUAGUAUAAAAAUUUGUUUAAAAUAACCAAAGAGUAGUUCAAUGCAUAAUUUGUAUGAAUUUGUUACCAGGUUUCUUAUGCUUUCUAAAAAAUACUGUUUCCUAUGAAAAUUAUGUUUUAUUAAAGUCAAAAACCCUUGGGGCAAAAUGCUACAGGUGGAAUCCCACCAUAACCACAUUGAAGUACAGGAAGAGAUCCCAUGCGUGAAUCCACGCAUAAGCAGUGCUGGCUGGCUGUGUACCAGGCCCUUGAGAUAAAAUCGUCAGCUCCACCUUCAUCCUCAAGCUUAGAGAUGUGUAGGUGAUUAUACUAACAGUAGAAAGCAGGAGUUAGCAGAAUAAGGCAGAAGGACAGGAAAGCGAGGUCCUAGUCCGACUGCAAGAUUAUAUCUGCCAAGGUUCCUUGUAUUCACCUUACACUGGUGACUGAUCAGAAAAUGCUCUUUAUAGAUGAGAAAAGCUAAGCCUGUUUUUCAGUGUGGCAUGUAAUGAGUUAAUGUAAGCUUGUGUUAUAAACUUUCUGGAAUGCUUAUUAGUUGCCUGUGGGAGCUGUAAGAAAUAACUUGGGGCCAUUGGUUUAAGCUUACUGGCUCUGACAUGACUAGUGCCUGUCAGCCCAUGGUAGGGAUUUCAGUGACGGUAGCAGAAACGCUUUCCAUAGGCCAGUGCAUGCUUCCAGGGUGAUCAGAGUCAGCCAGGCAUGGCCACCGUCCAGUCUUGAUUUUAUCGUUGGCCAGCCAAGCCUGCGGUACAGGGCUCCAGUUCUCUGUCUGGCAGAUGUGAAUACCUGUGCCCGCCCUCUCUGUCUCUAAAGGCUAUGUUAAGUUCUUAAAAAGGUACUUCCUGCAAGCCACCAGUCUCAGUCAGCUCUCUCCCCUCCCAGUGAGCAUGUUCACCUAAAAAUUAAAGUUGAUUUACCGUAGGCAAGGGUGAUCCCUAAUGUGUACUGGCUUAUGUGCGUUUUCAUGUAUGGAUCUCAGUGUCAGAGUUCACUUUCUCCAUAGUGGCAAAGUAACACUAAUAUAGGCCGGUGUGUUACCUGGAAUGUCCCCAUAGUAUGGAACUAUGGGUGAAACCAUCUUGUGAAAACAGAAUUUUACACACGGUUAUUCAGUGUCGCCUCUGAGAACUCAUCCACAGCAGAGCUUAGAAAACACGAGCUUCCUCUUCCUCACACCCAUUUCCCUUUGGAUGAUUCUGUGACUUCACUAGAACCUGGUGUUAAGGAGACCAGGUGUGUUCCACCCCUACCCCCGGUGUGUAGUGACGGUCCGGAGGGACCCUGGAUGGACACCACAGCCCCUCAUGCCAGCGCAUGAAAACAUCUUGUUGACAUUCUACCACUGGGGCAUUGUGAAGUCACUUACAUGAAACACAAAGGCUUUGUACUUCUCUAGGAAAAAAAAGUAUUUUAGCCUUCUUUUUCUCUAAUCCUUACCCCCAACAAAUGAAACACAAAAUUGCAUUAUAAAAGCAAACCCAAAUGGUAUUUGUUUUCAAUUUUAUUUAUACCUUUCAAGUUAUUCCUUAUAAGUAUCAAGUUAAACACAAUUGGUUUUAAUGAGAAGCUAUUUGACAUUGUUUUUAAAUUUUUUCUUAUAUGGUAAGUGUAUAUCCAGAAUAAUGUAUCAAAAUUUAUUGCAUAGACUAUAAAAUCAUUUUCAAAAUCUCAGUUCCACAAAUAAAGUUCUAUUCUAAUUUUAAAAA